CUCUGACCGCCGGCUGGCGGCGCGUGGAGGCUUCUCCGAGCCGCGGGCGUCUGCUCGGCCGCAGGUCCCGGCUGCUGUGGCGGCGCGCGGCGCUCAGGGGCCAUGUCGUGGCUCUUCGGCAUCAAAGGCCCCAAGGGCGAAGGCGCGGGGCCGCCGCUGUCCCUGCCGCCCGCGCAGCCUGGGGCCGAGGGUGGCGGGGACCGCGGCGCGGGGGACCGGCCGGCGCCCAAGGACAAAUGGAGCAACUUCGACCCGACGGGCCUGGAGCGCGCGGCCAAGGCGGCGCGCGAGCUGGAGCACUCGCGACAUGCCAAGGAGGCACUGAGUCUCGCGCAGAUGCAGGAGCAGACAUUACAGCUGGAGCAGCAGUCCAAGCUCAAAGAGUAUGAGGCCGCUGUGGAGCAGCUGAAGAGCGAGCAGAUCCGUGUGCAGGCUGAGGAACGGAGGAAGACUCUGAACGAGGAGACGCGGCAGCACCAGGCGAGGGCCCAGUACCAGGACAAGCUGGCACGGCAGCGCUAUGAGGACCAGCUGAGGCAGCAGCAACUUCUCAAUGAGGAGAACUUGCGGAAGCAGGAGGAGUCCGUGCAGAAGCAGGAGGCCAUACGACGAGCCACUGUGGAGCGGGAGAUGGAGCUGCGGCACAAGAACGAGAUGCUGAGGGUGGAGGCUGAGGCACGUGCCCGGGCCAAGGCCGAGCGUGAGAACGCAGACAUCAUCCGUGAGCAGAUCCGCUUGAAGGCUGCUGAGCACCGCCAGACCAUCUUGGAGUCCAUCAGGACAGCUGGCACCCUGUUCGGUGAAGGAUUCCGUGCCUUUGUGACAGACUGGGACAAAGUGACAGCCACGGUAGCCGGACUGACACUGCUGGCCGUCGGCGUCUACUCCGCCAAGAAUGCCACGUCUGUCGCUGGGCGGUACAUCGAAGCCCGGCUGGGGAAGCCGUCCCUGGUGAGGGAGACCUCUCGCAUCACAGUGCUGGAGGCACUGAGGCACCCGCUGCAGGUCAGCAGGCGGCUCCUCAGUAAGCCUCAGGAUGCGUUGGAGGGCGUCGUCCUCAGUCCCAGCCUGGAGGCGCGUGUGCGGGACAUCGCCAUCGCGACAAGAAACACCAAGAAGAACAGGAGCCUGUACAGGAACAUUCUGAUGUACGGGCCUCCAGGGACUGGCAAGACGCUCUUUGCCAAGAAACUAGCGCUGCACUCUGGCAUGGACUACGCCAUCAUGACAGGCGGGGACGUGGCCCCCAUGGGGCGGGACGGCGUGACUGCUGUGCACAAGGUCUUCGACUGGGCCAGCACCAGCCGGCGAGGCCUCCUGCUCUUUGUGGAUGAAGCAGACGCCUUCCUCAGGAAGCGAGCGACCGAAAAGAUAAGCGAGGACCUCAGGGCCACCCUGAAUGCGUUCCUGCACCGGACAGGCCAGCACAGCAGCAAGUUCAUGCUGGUCCUGGCCAGCAACCAGCCCGAGCAGUUUGACUGGGCCAUCAACGACCGCAUCGACGAGAUGGUCAGCUUUGACCUGCCGCAGCUGGAGGAGCGGGAGCGCCUGGUGAGAAUGUAUUUUGACAAGUAUGUUCUUAAACCAGCCACAGAAGGAAAGCAGCGCCUGAAGCUGGCCCAGUUUGACUAUGGGAAGAAGUGCUCAGAGAUUGCACGACUGACGGAGGGCAUGUCGGGCCGUGAGAUCUCCCAGCUUGCUGUGGCGUGGCAGGCCAUGGCAUACGCCUCUGAGGACGGGGUCCUCACCGAGGCCAUGAUGGAUGCCCGGGUCCAGGAUGCCAUCCAGCAGCACCAGCAGAAGAUGCAGUGGCUGAAGGCUGAGAGAGCUGGGCUUGAGGGCAGCCAGACCCUGCUCCCGAGUGCACGGGCCGAGUGAGCUGGGCCUGGACACCUGGGGCACACUGGCCAUGUGGUGUCGCCAAAAGGAAGCACCAGCACCAAGGCACCCACGUUUCCCGGAAGCCAGGGGUUGCUGGGCGGCCACCCACCUCCCCGGCGUUUUUAACGUUCCUGUGGUGAGAGCCAGAACAGCAUGUUAAAGGCCUCUGCUCAGGACCAGCUGCAGCUGUGCUGUCUUUGUGGGCGGCACCCCCUUCUGCCCCCUCCAGGCUGUGGUGCUGGCUGGGAAGGGUCAGGCUGGGGCCACCUGCCCCCCACACCUGAGCCUGGCCCAAAGCUGCGGAGAAGGCACUGCCCCCCACCCCCAUGGCGGGCUGCUGCAGCCGUGACCAGCAGUAGGGGCCCUGGCAGAAGGAGGGCCAGCAUGGGUGGGGGCCUGACUUUGCCCAGUCCCACCCAGGACCAGAACUGAGCAAGGGGUGAGCAGAGCAGGCCCCUGUGCUGCUCACUACUGUACUUGGGAGAAGGGGUGCCCUGCAUACGUCUGUGACUGUGACAAGCCCAGGGAGCCACUCCUGGCACUGUUGGCAGGGACGUCCAGUGCUGGAGAACCGCCCUGGCCCAGAGGAGCCACAGCUCUCCCUCAACUGGAGUCGAGUUUUUUAAUCCAGACUCUAAUAAAAACUCUUGACAUGCUACCUCA